GUCAUUUCCAGUCCUUUCUAUUUACAAAUUUUCUGAUAUAUUUCAUAAGUAUAUUUCUUUUCGGACUGAUUUCGGAAACGCCAGUCGGUGGCCUCGGUGACUGAAAUAAUUUUAUCAUUUUAUCAUCCAAUUGCUAGAGAUGCCACCGUUGUCGGGAGGUUUCGGUGAACAAAUAGAGGAUUACGAAGUACUGAAUUUACUUGGGAAAGGAGGUUUCGCCAGCGUAUAUCGAGCAAAAUGUCUCCGCAGCGGUAUAGAAGUGGCGAUAAAAAUGAUCGACAAAAAAUUGAUGCAAGCUGCUGGUAUGGUGGGUAGAGUACGCCAGGAGGUUGCGAUCCAUUCAAGAUUAAAGCAUCCAGCUGUACUCGAAUUGUAUACAUUCUUUGAAGAUGCUAAUUACGUGUAUUUGGUAUUGGAGUUGUGUCAUAAUGGAGAGCUUCAACGUUUUCUUAAGAUACAAGGCUCUCGUGCAUUACCUGAAGAACAUGCUGGUCGUAUAAUUAGACAAGUAGUACAGGGCUUGUUAUAUCUACAUUCGCAUCAAAUACUUCACAGAGAUAUGUCCUUAUCUAAUUUGCUUUUAACUAGAGACAUGCAAGUGAAAAUAGCAGAUUUCGGGUUGGCCACUCAAUUAACAAGGCCUGACGAGAAGCAUUUAACUAUGUGUGGUACUCCCAACUACAUAUCACCUGAGAUAGCAACAAGAUCAUCGCAUGGACUAGAGGCAGAUGUUUGGAGUUUAGGAUGCAUGUUAUAUACCCUUUUAGUUGGCAAGCCACCAUUUGACACAGAUGCUGUUAAGAGCACCUUAACACGUGUAGUCAUGGCUGACUAUGUAAUGCCACCUCAUUUGUCUGAUAAUGCCAAAGAUCUCAUAGACAAAUUAUUGAAAAAGAAUCCAAAAGAUAGGGUUCGUUUGCGUGACAUUCCAAAACAUCCGUUUAUAACUAAUGUAGAGAGAAAUAAGUUACACAGUGAGAAAAAUGGCCUGAGUAGAGGAUUAUCAGUAGAUGGUAUGGUUGAUUCAGGUGUAGGACGAACAUUGUCCUCGUAUGGACGACCAAGAAUGCGUUCUAGAUCAGAAGAAAGAAUGUCCACAAUGCCAAUGUUAUCUAAUGGUCUGGGACCAAUGAUCAGUGCGAGAAGCGAGGCUCUGUCAGAGCCUAUCACAAAAACACAUUCGCAUAAAACAAGUGGCUUUGAUUACCAGCACAAACAGAAUUCCAUAUUAGAUGGAAUACCACCACCUCCACAAAGCAGAAUCUUCUCUCAAACUGAGCAAUACAGUGGCUGUGAUGUUUAUGAGGAUGUUGACAGACAUAGAAAUGACAAAUGUAAAAAAAGAGAAAAGGUAGAAAAUUGCUUUGAAGGGCCUGAAGAUGGAGGAAAAUUACAAGUCCCACCUUUAUGUUCAGAUAGACUGCAACCUACUAGACACAGAACAAAGAAUGCCAUUCUCACCAUAUUAGACCAUGGAGAAGUGUGUAUUGAAUUCAUCAAACGCAGGAAUGGAACGGAAAAAGUGAGCGAAGUAUGUAGAAUAUCAAGCGACGGUUUGAGAGUCAUUCUUUAUAAACCAAAUGUCUCCAUGGAAAUUGGUUCCCAACCACCCCCAUUGCCAGUUCGUGGCGCAGAUAGUAUUUACUCGUAUGAAAACUUGCCACUGCGUCAUCAUAGGAAAUAUGUUUACGCUUCUCGCUUUAUAAAGCUUGUAAGGGCUAAAACACCAAAGCUUACACUGUAUACGCAACGAUCGAAGUGUCUUUUUAUGGAAAACGGACCACAUCCGGAUUGUGAAGUUCAUUUUUAUAAUGGAGUUAAGGUAAUACGUGUGGACGGCAUAGUGAGAAUAACAGAAAGAAGCGAUGGACCCACAUUUGGAGAGGGUGAAUUUCCACCACACUUCGAUGACUAUUACGAACAUUGACGUAGGCCCAGCGCGGCCUUGAAUGAUGCUCCUUGCUUGCAAGGAAAAGAAAAUGUUUCCCACACAACAAAUAAUACACCUGUGAUGCCAUCCUUUGAUGCUAGUUGUUCGGUUAUUUCCACGGUAGCAUCUCACUCACGUAAAAUGAAUUCCAUGCGGAAUUCAAGUACUACUAAUACGAACAAGGUAGUAGUUCCGGGUGUAGGUACCGCGACACAAUUAUCUUCAGGAGAUAUCCGUGUCAAUUAUAAGGAUGGUUCUGCUUUAACUGUAAGUCCUCAAAGCUACGGUGGUGGCAUAAUGUACGAGAGUAACAGCGGUACUGUCACACGAUACAAUCAACAUUAUCAAAACUCGGAAGUACCACACGUCGUCAGAGAUAAAUUGCGCCAUUUGCCAACAGUUAUUAAAUGUCUCGUUCAACCGAAACACAAGAAUAUCCGAUAGUCCUAAGCAUACAUUUAGAGAAUCAAGUAUUUUGUACAGUAGGUUUAAAGUAGUCUAACUACAAUCAGAAAGGAACUAUUUUUAGAGGUUUAUAGAAUGUAU